GCAGCUGAGCCAUUCUCCUCUCCUCUCCCUGCCUGCUUGCUGGCUUGCUCUCUUGCUGCGGGCGAAGGGCAAGCUGCUGGCACGCGGCGGCGGCUCCUGCCUUUGUCUCCCUUUCUCUCCCAGAGCAGCAGCUUCCUUCCAACCUCAACACCCCCCCCCCCCAACACCACCCAUCCUUUUCCCUCCCUUGCCAGUCUGCCAGUCCUGGGCUCCAUCUCUGCCACAAGCAGCCCCAGCCAAGGAGAGAAGGAGCAAGGCAGGCGGGAGGCGACAUUGGUGCCCACAGGACGCUUUGCCCGUCUCCUGCGCACUGCCUCUUCCUCUGCUUGCCAAGCUCUCUUCCUCUCUUCCUCUCUUCCCAUUCCCUUUCCUCUAUAUCUUCCUCUCGCACCCUGGAAAAGCGGGCGGAGGGAAGGGAGAGGAGAAGCCCAAGCCAGCGAGGAAGAGGAAGGAGAGCACGGUUGAAGCGGCCGCCUCAAAGGGCAGGCCACCGUCCCAAAUGGGAAAUGGGUCAGUAAAACACAAGUACCUGAAGAGGCAAGAAGGCCAUGCAGGGAACUGCCCAUAUGGCUGCCCAGGUGGCAGCAGCAAGUUUGUCAAAGACCAAGGUGUGAAUAUCAGCACAAUCACAAAUGCGGCAGAUAUUCUGAGAAGCAAGGUUUGGGAACUAGAGCGGGAGCUGAAGAGGCAAGAGGAAGAGUUGCACGAGAGGAACUACCACAUCCUCGAGCUCCAGGAGCAACUGGCAAAGCAGACCAGGACCAUUGCAGACCUCACCGAAGAGCUCAAGUGUAAAUGCAUCCAGCUGAAUAAGCUGCAGGAUGUGGUGGACACCCAGGGAACAAACCCCUUCAUGUUCUCCCCUCUUAAAGAAGUACCCAAGGUCAGCCCAGCGCCAUGCAGCAACAGGAGGAAAGGUGCUAAGGAAGGUGUGUCGGCAGAGCCAACAAGCCGGACAUAUGACCUGACGGAGCAGCCUCGGUUUUCCUUCGAAAAGGCAAGAGUCAGAAAAGCCUCCAGUGAGAAAAAGCUCAUUACAGAGGCUCUGAGCAGAAACCAAUUUCUGAAGAGACUGGAUCCACAGCAGAUCAGAGAUAUGGUAGAAUGUAUGUAUGGAAGAACAUACCAGCAAGGCAGCUAUAUAAUCAAACAAGGGGAACCUGGCAACCAUAUAUUUGUACUAGCAGAGGGUAAAGUGGAAGUCUUUCAACAGAACAAACUUCUCUCAUCCAUUCCUGUGUGGACAGCGUUUGGGGAGUUGGCUAUUUUGUACAAUUGCACAAGGACAGCCUCAGUGAAGGCUGUCACUAUCGUGAAAACAUGGGCAUUAGACAGAGAAGUUUUCCAAAAUAUAAUGAGAAGAACAGCACAAGCAAGACAUGACCAAUACAGAAACUUCCUUAGAAGUGUGUCUUUGCUGAAGAAUUUACCCGAAGAUAAGCUGUCAAAGAUCGUGGACUGCUUGGAAGUGGAAUACUAUGAUAAAGGUGAUUAUAUUAUUCGUGAAGGAGAAGAAGGAAACACAUUCUUUGUUAUAGCCAAAGGGAAGGUUAAGGUCACCCAGACCGCGGAAGGACAGCCACAAACCCUGAUUAAAACACUACAAAAAGGAGAUUACUUUGGAGAAAGAGCCCUCAUCAGUGACGAUGUUCGGUCUGCUAAUAUAAUUGCAGAUGAAAAUGAUGUGGAAUGUCUCGUUGUCGAUAGAGAAACCUUCAACCAAACCGUUGGGACUUUUGAGGAACUCCAGGCUUAUCUUGCGGGUUACGUGGCUACUCUGGCUCGUGAUGAUGAAAAAAGGAAUGCACAAGUUUCUUCCUUUGAGCGAUUACCUAGUGAUGUCUCUUUGGAGAUGAUACAGCUGAAAGAAAAAGUCGACCAGUUUCCUUCCUCUUGCCCAUUUCAGAACCUGGAAAUUGUUGCUACUCUGGGUGUUGGUGGAUUUGGAAGAGUCGAGCUUGUGAAACUUAAGAAUGAAACCAUAGCAUUUGCCAUGAAAUGUAUCAAGAAAAAGCACAUAGUGGAUACCAAACAGCAGGAACACAUUCAUUCUGAAAAGAGAAUUCUAGAAGAGGCUUGUUCUCCAUUCAUUGUGAAAUUGUACCGAACUUUCAAAGACAACAAAUAUGUUUACAUGCUUUUGGAAGCCUGCCUUGGAGGUGAACUAUGGAGCAUCCUGAGGGACAGAGGUAGCUUUGAUGAAACUACCACAAAAUUCUGUGUUGGAUGUGUGACAGAAGCAAUUGAGUAUUUGCAUUGCAUCAGUGUGAUCUACAGGGAUCUGAAGCCAGAAAAUUUAAUUUUGGAUGCUCAAGGAUAUAUAAAGCUGGUUGACUUUGGAUUUGCUAAGAAGAUUGCAAUUGGACAAAAGACUUGGACCUUCUGUGGGACUCCUGAAUAUGUUGCACCUGAAGUGAUUCUGAAUAAAGGCCAUGAUUUCAGUGUGGACUUCUGGUCUCUUGGAAUCCUUGUGUAUGAAUUGCUUACAGGGAAUCCUCCAUUUUCCGGAGCUGAUCAAAUGACGACCUACAAUUUGAUUUUAAAAGGCGUUGAAAGGUUGGAUUUUCCAAGAAUAGUAUCAAAGCGGCCGGAAGAUUUGAUUCGGAGGCUCUGCAGACAAAACCCUACAGAGAGAUUAGGAAAUCUGAAGAAUGGCAUCCAUGAUAUUAAGAGGCACAGGUGGUUGAAUGGAUUUAAUUGGGAAGGACUCAAGGCAAGGAAGUUAUCCUCACCUUUAAAAAGAGAGCUUUCAGGACCAAUGGAUUACAGCUACUUCGACAGAUACCCACCUGACCAGGGGAUCCCACCAGAUGAACUUUCAGGCUGGGAUAAAGAUUUCUAAGAGAGGAGAAUCAUUGGAAGAGUUCAUCUGUGCUAAUAAUAUAUGUAUGUUGAGAUCCCAACUUGGAAGCUUUCAAAACUGCAGGACUUGGGCAUUUAAAAAUCAAGUGGAUGUGGAUCACACCAGGUUCUUCCAUGUACCUUCGGCAGCAUGAAGUAUUUGUUUGUAAUCAGGAUGGGCAACUUUUGGUUCUCCAAACAUUGUUGGACUACAUCUCCCAUCAUCCUUCGUCAUUGGCUGUGCUGGUGGGAGGUGCAGCCCAACAAUAUUGAGAGCCUGAUACUAAUUGCCCACUUCUCUUCUAUAAUAAUAUGAUCUAUGAAGAAUGGGACUAAGGAGGCAAAAAACUGGAAGCAUCCUUUCAAUUAGAAAGAGAAUUCUUAACCUGGUUUAGAGAUAUGCGAUUAAUUACUUACAACAGCAUCUUUGCCUGACUUGAGGCUUGUCUACACAGUCUACAAAAACUCAUACUCACCUCUUAGGGGCUCUGAUCCUGACACAAAGGUCUGUGACUAUUAUUAUUAUUAUUAUUAUUAUUAUUAUUAUUAUUAUUAUUUAUCCCGCUUUUCUCCCAUGGGUGGGAUUCAUUUGUAAUGCAUUUCUUUGAGCUUUAAUCUAUUUCAGAAACCCUUACUUUUUUAUCCUGAGAUUUUACAGAGUUUAGGGCAUGUUGCUAGCAAGGUGAGUUCAGCAUGGGGAAAUAUAUGGCCAUGCUGUGUGUGGCCUUAAUGGGAUCACUGCCAAUGCAAACUGAAAAAUUGUGGUGACAAACAGAAUUUUUUGGCAAUGUAGACAAGCUCUUGUUUCACAUAAAAGGUGAGAAAUGGAGGAACAUGAAGAAGAUGAUGGAAAGAGAGAAGCAUUCUGAAUAUGCAGUGGCAAUGUCUUUGUGGAGGGGAUAAUACAGAUUGACUAGUUCCUGUUGUUUGCUUCAACUAGAGCAUUACCAUUGAAUUACUUCCUGAACUGUAAAGCAACACAUAUAAACUCCAACUAUUCAAUGGGACUCUCUGGUUGAAACUAACAAUUGGAUUUAACCCUUUCUUCUUGUCAUUCUACAGGGUAAUUCCUAUAGUUAGUGUUAUACUUCUGAAACUUUAAAUAUGCUCUUCCUUCCUUCCCUGUGUGUAUGUCGAACAUGAAACAAUCCCUUCCACUCCCAACUAGAAUCUCAAUUAUGAAAGAGUGAAUUUUUCCACUUGGAUAGCCCCCUCUUCGAGUAGCUGCUAAGUUUUUUUAACCUGAAUUUUGUAAAGAUUUGAACAUAGAUUUAUUAAAUCUGUUUAUGUAUAUAUGUAGGCUAUUGCAGUUUUAAAAAGCAAGGAAUGAAUACAGCAGACACAUAUUUAAAAGUGCGUGUGUUAUACAGGUAACCUGGUUCCAUCUCCUUGUUGAAUAUAUCCUUAGAGAUUAGUUUGGGUUGCCAUUUAGCUAUUUUAGCAAAACAAAAGGAGCCCCCGGUGGCGCAGUGGGUUAAACCCUUGUGCCGGCAGGACUAAAGACAGACAGGUUAGUGGUUUGAAUCCAGGGAGAGUGGGUUGAGCUCCCUCUGUCAGCUCUAGCUCACCAUGCAGGGAAAUGAAAGAAGCCUCCCACAAGGAUGGUAAAAACAUCAAAACAUCUGGGUGUCCCCUGGGCAAUGCCCUUGCAGUUAGCCAAUUAUCUCACACCAGAUGCGAAUUG